AUGGAAUCUAGAAACCAAACAAGUGUUUCUGAAUUCCUUCUUCUGGGAUUAACAGAGGAUCUGGAACUGCAUUCCCUCCUCUUUAACCUGUUUCUGUCCAUAUACCUGGUCACGGUCUUUGGAAACCUGCUUAUCAUCCUGGCUGUUGGGUCUGACUCACACCUCCACACCCCCAUGUACUUCUUUCUUUCCAAUUUGUCCUUCACUGACAUCUGUUUCAGCACAACAACUAUCCCAAAAAUGCUGGUGAACCUCAAAGCACAGAAUCAGAGCAUCACUUAUGCAGGCUGCCUCACCCAGGUCUGCUUUGUCCUGGUUUUUGCUGCUUUGGAAAGUUGUCUUCUUGCAGCAAUGGCUUAUGACCGCUACGUGGCCAUUUGUCACCCACUAAGGUACACAGUCAUCAUGAAGCCCCGCCUUUGUGGCCUGCUGACUCUACUCUCUCUGUUCAUUAGCAUUGUGGAUGCCCUGAUCCACAGCCUGAUGGUGUUGCGCCUGUCUUUCUGCACAGACCCGGAAAUCCCCUACUUCUUCUGUGAAGUUAUUCAGGUCAUCAAGGUUGCCUGCUCUGACACCCUCAUCAAUAACAUCUUCAUAUAUUUUGUGGCUAGCAUACUGGCUGGUAUUCCUUUCUUUGGAAUUAUUUUCUCUUAUACUCAAAUUGUCUCCUCCAUUUUGAAAAUGCCAUCAGUGGGUGGAAAGUAUAAAGCUUUUUCUACCUGUGGAUCUCACCUCUCAGUUGUUUUCUUAUUUUAUGGUACAGCUUUUGGUGCAUAUAUUAGUGCUGCAUUUAUACACUCAUCCAGGAAGACUGCAAUUGUUUCAAUGAUGUACACUAUGGUCACUCCCAUGAUGAACCCCUUCAUCUAUAGCCUGAGAAACAGGGAUAUGAAGGGAUCCUUGAGGAAAAUUGUUCUAUAG